CAGCUCGUCAACCUAAUCGAAUACACUAUGCUGAAGCUGUCCAGCGAUUGUUUGUCAUUGUAUUAGAUGAUAAUUUGUAAGCGGUUGCACAAACAGCUGUAGGACAAAACGAUGUCCUUCCCACAUUUAGUUACUCAUACAAUUUCUCAUAAACAGGCGAUAUGCUCGUUGUACAAGCGCGCUCUACGAAACCUCGAAUGCUGGUAUCGUGAUAGGCCUAAUUACAGAUUCCAUGCAUGUUUGUUGCGUCGUGACUUCGAUAAAAACAGGGACAUCACGGAUUUUCGUAAAGCGAAAGAGUUAUUAGAUGCCGGUGAGCGGGAACUCUGGCUUAAGCAGCAUUAUCUGCCCAAAAAAUUUCCAAAUUCUCCUGGAGGUGUUGCUUCCGAACGUUACAUCCAACCUCCUGAUUGGGUACUAGAUUAUUGGCAUCCGCUGGAGAAGGCUCAAUACCCGAAGUAUUUCGCCACAAGGGAAAAGCGGAAACUGGAGUACAUUGAAAUGUAUGAAAAAUACCUAAAGCAAUCGAAGCUCGAGUCAGGAAAGGGGCACUAGUUACGAAUACUUGCUCGUAUAAUAAUUUUUUUAGCGAGGAAAAUUCUCAUGUUCAUGAGUAACUAGGUUUCGUCAUUUAAUGGGUUAGCUAAGGCAGAAACAGACGAGGAGCAUUGAGAAAAUAAAGUCUAGGUGAUUUUAGUUCCUAAAACGUUUUGUUCUCUAUACACCUGUGUGAAUGGUCUUAGACCAGUAUCUUCAUGUCUACAAAAAAAAAGUAGAACCGUUGAUGACUUCAUUUCUGAAAAAAACAGCUGACCUAAGAAGCGUAGUGUUGAGACGACCAAAUUCAAAGUCUUGAAAAUACAAUAGUGGCUUAAAGGAUAAGAGCAGAGUAAGAAAACCUUCGGUUGAAUUACGAGGAUAUUCCAAGACAUGUCUAUCCUUAUCCUUACUCAAGAGCCACCGUAUUUUAAGUUAGUAACCUCACAACAUAGCCAUUUGCUACUCACCUAUACCACCUAUCACCAAUGUGACUGAAUUGUAAUUGUGUUAGACAUAUUGGCAUGAUGAUCAGAUAUGUCUAAGAUGGUGACAGAUGCCUCAGCAUUACAUUUGUCUGGGACACUGGAUAACGGAAAUUAAAACUGAAUAAUUAAUUAUUAGUCCCAAUGUUACUGCCUCUGGCCUAAAAAGGCAUGCAUCCAUGAACGGCGGCAGAGAACAGUAACCUUUCUAGAAGGCG